CCUUAAAGUCAGACGGGACUGAAGGGGAGAUUUAAAAGUACUGCGAAGGAACACAAGAGUUUUUUUUUAAGUAAUCAUUUUCUGUCUCUUUCUGUCUUUUUUUUUUGGCCUAUGUGAAAUGCAAGAUUGAACUAAUGGACUGACAGUCAGUCUUGAUUAAACAGUGGACUUGUUUGUGAAGGACAUGGGAUUAAUCAGGAAUCAAGAGGCAUUAUCUCAGUAAUGUAAUCUUCAUCGCCACAGAUAUCUCUCCACAGGUUUAUGUGAAGGAAAGGUCAAUAUUUUGUAUCAACGGCAGGCCAAAGGUUGCUCCAGCAGACAUGAUAAGCCACUUGUCUCUUUUAGUUAUCCUCAGUCUUUUCGUGUCUCAGUGUCACGGUGGCUGUUCGGAGGUGGAAUCCAUGACUGAAGCCGUGGCAGGAGAGGGGUUCCUGCUUGGGUGCAUCUCCUGUAAAAGAAGAGAGGAGGUCUCUGCCCGAGCCACAGUUGACUGGCACUUCAGACCGCUGGGAGAGGAAGAGUUCAGGCAUAUUUUUCACUAUGACCACCCCAUGGCCGACAUCCUUGAUGGAGAUUUCACUGACCGUCUGGACUGGCUUGGGACGCAGAACAGGGACAUUCAGACAGGGACCAUUUACCUUCAUAACGUCACCUUCAAUGACACUGGGAUGUACCGCUGCACAUUCCACCGCACCCUCUUCCUGUCACCGUAUAAUCAGCACGUCACUGUGGAGAAAAAUGUGGAGCUCAGCGUGGUGGCUGUAGCAAAUCGGGAGCUGACAGCAGUGAUCUCAGAAAUACUGAUGUACGUGCUCAUCGUGGUUCUGCAGCUGUGGCUCAUUUUGGUUCUGGUCUACUGUUACAAGAAGAUUUCAGAGGAACACGAAGAACGGGAGGCCCGGAAAGCUCGCAAGGCUCAGGCAGAGUUGUUAGAGACAAAAGACAACUGUGACGGUGUGCAGCUCGAGUAACAUUACCAGUAAGAAGAUCAUCUCUGCAAGAGUCAGGCUUCAUUAUUGUGAAGUUACUGUAUGAGAGAUUGAUUUCAAAUGCCUUGGUAACCGCCUUAGCUCCUUAUGCAACCUGUAUGUAUCCUGUCCUGUGGGACUGUUAAACACUUGGAAGUUUGUGGAUUUGUAAAUAGCGAUUUCAAUGUAGGGAUUCCAAUUAAUUAUUUUUAUUGUCAAAUAAUGUAUCAAUUAUUAAUAUUCAGUACAAAAUAAAAGUCAAAUUACAACAUCCUAAAGUAAUGUUUCAACUUUUUCUGCUUAUGUGGUUAACAAAGUCCCAACAACCAAAUGAAAAUAAUGAGACACGGAAAUGCAAGGAAACAUGUUAUCCAGUUAUCCGUUAUAGUUAUAUUUAUUUAUUUUUUAUUGAUAAACUAAUUGAACAACUGACUUACUAGUUCAGCAUUACUUUGAAUGCUUUCAAUAGAUUCUUAACCUCCAAAACAAACAUCCUCAUUUUUUAGCUCUCCGCCUAUGCCCUGAUUCCUAUAGGAUCAACAGCGUUGAUGGAAAUUUGUGCUUUAAAAUAAAUGGGUUGUGACUCACUGUGCUGACGUGCGUACCAUGUAAAUAUGUUGGGUUUAGUGCACACUAAGACCUUUGUAUAAACUAAUUUCCUCUUUUCCACAACACAACAAAUGCCACAAAUGUAACAAAGUAGGCCACUAAGUAUUGAAUUUGUCCUCUGUCUUUGUCGUCUUUUUCCUCCUCCUCUUUUCCUUUCUUCCUUCCCCCGGCACCCAAGAGAUUUGGUCGUUUUCACAUCAUUAUUGUCAAUAACGAGGUGAUGUCAGAAAACUGAGAGUAGGUACAGUCUAAUCAGUCAGCGGAGAGCUCCUAUA